AUGAGUGAGGAGGCUCUCUUCUUUAGCCAGGCUGCGGAAGCGAUUGUGGCGACUUCUCUCAAUGCUGCUAAUGUGGACCCAACGAUAAGAGAACUGUUAAGCCGAAUCAAGUAUUCGCUCCCCGGUUUGCCCCCAGCGCAGGCGCAAGAGAGCCAAAAUGGGGUAGCAAAUGAUGCUGGCACUGUUUUGCCCGAGACGAGAGAUGUUACUAAUGGACCUGGGGUUCUGGAGUAUUUUGCAAGCCCAAUGAGUUUAAGCAUAUCGAAUGGCAAUGGCUCGCAAACGUCACACACCGAGCACUUCAACAUUUCGCCGGGGAAUAGCAAUGCAAAAGGUUCUGGGGAAUCAACGCAGGGGGUGCGGAAUCAAAGCGAUAAGUCGGCGGAGGAGAAGAAGUACUCGUGCGCCAAGUGUAAACUGGAAUUUCGUCGAACAUCCGAUUUGAGAAGACAUGAGAGGACACAUCUGCCUGUGCUGCCCAAUAUUUGCCCGCAAUGUGGCAAAGGGUUUGCCAGAAAAGAUGCUUUGAAGAGACAUUCAAAUACUUUGACCUGCAGAAGGAACAGAAGUAAACUAUUAAGUAUCGGUGGGGACAUCAAUGACAUUCUGGAAAGAGUGCAACAAACAGGCAAUGGGACGUAG